ACUUCAGAAUGGUGUUCCAUAGCUUAAUAUGCUGAUAUCAAAUGUGUUUAAGAUAGUAUAAAUUUCUUCAGGUGGUAUUAAAGAUAAGGCUUUUAUGAGGGUAUAAAAGGUAUUUAAGAUGUCAUCAAAAGGUGUUUUUAAAAGUUCUUAAUAUGAUAUCAAAAUUGUUUAAGGUGAAAUAGGAAGCUUUCACGGGUGCUGUGAGGGUGUUUCAAGUAGCAUCAAAGGUGUCUAAGGUUAAGGUAGUAUCAAAGGUAUUAAAGUUGGUAUCAGAUCUUUUAGCUGACUUCAGAGUUUGACCCCCUCCUCCUCCAAUCUUGUCUUGCUGACCGAGUCUCUGUCAAUGUCCCAGGUGGAUCUGGACCAGUCAUCCCCUUCUGAAUCCCGGCCUCACUGGUUCCACACUCUGCAGGUCCGCCGGUUCAGAGUACAUCGAGGACGCAGCAACAGCGACCCGCUGAGGGGAACAACCAACCAGGACCCCUUCACCUGGAAACCGGGUCUGGAGUUUGGAGCUGCCCAGUCGUACCUGAGUCUGGAGAAACUGGGGGAAGGAGCAUUUGCUUCAGUCUAUAAAGGGAUCAGCAGGAUAAAUGGACAGCUGGUGGCUCUGAAGGUGAUUCGUAUGAAGACCGAGGAGGGCGUCCCAUUCACUGCUAUCAGAGAAGCCUCUCUGCUAAAACGUCUGAAACAUGCCAACAUCGUUCUCCUGCACGACAUCGUCCACACCAGAGAGACACUGACCUUGGUCUUUGAAUAUGUGCAGACAGACUUGGCUCAGUACAUGACACAGCACCCUGGGGGUCUACACUCUCAAAAUAUUCGAAUCUUCAUGUUCCAGCUGCUGCGAGGUCUCUCCUACAUCCACAGUCGCAGGAUCCUACACCGAGACCUGAAGCCUCAUAACCUGCUCAUCAGCUACCUUGGAGAACUCAAACUGGCUGACUUUGGUCUGGCUCGGUCCAAGUCCAUCCCCAGUCAAACAUUCUCUUCGGAGGUGGUGACGCUGUGGUACCGGCCCCCCGACGUGCUGUUGGGCUCCACAGAUUACUCCACAGCUCUGGACAUAUGGGGUGCUGGCUGCAUCUUUGUCGAAAUGCUGCAGGGGAUGCCGGCAUUCCCAGGAGUCUCUGACGAACUGGAACAGCUGCAGAAGAUCUGGGCGGUCCUGGGUGUCCCCACUGAGGAAAACUGGCCUGGAAUAAGUCUGUUGCCUAAUUAUAGUGAAGAGUGGUUUCUUCACUCCGAACCAAAAGAGUUUAGGACUGUUUGGAAAAGGUUGGAGCAGCUGCCCAAUAAAACUGAGGACUUGGUUGAGAAGAUGCUGAAGCUGGUUCCAGUAGAGCGGAUCUCAGCUCAGGAGGCCAUGCAGCACCCGUACUUCAGUAUUCUUCCUCCUCCCAUCAUGCACCUCAGAGACACAGUGUCCAUCUUCAAGGUUCCCGGUGUCCGUCUGGAGAUGGAGAUCAGAGACAUCUUUAAUCCUGGACGGAAGGUGUAACCAUCUCUGCAACCUGCU